AUGAAGACCGCCUGUGUCACGAUGGCCCUCGCCGCGACGUCGGCUGCGGCGAUGCAGCUCAGCAACGACGAGCGCGCCACGCUCGCCACCGAAGUGUUGGCGUGGAAGGCGACCGAAGCCGGCAAAGUCGCGAUCGAGCAAGGCCUGGCCAAGCCCAGCAGCAACCAAGAGUCUCUGGACGUGUCGGACGACGAGGUGCUCCGCUUCGCGGCCACCAAGAAGAUCGUGGACCAGCUCAACAUCGACCACCCCGAGGCGCGCUUCUCGACCAACAACCCGUUCGUGCUGUUGACGGAGAAAGAGUUUGCCGAGUACGUCAAGGGGUCGUUCGGUCGUGGCCAGCCCGAGCGCCGCUUGCGCGCAGACACGGUCGCCCGCGACUUGACGGCCGAGCAGGCCGAAGCGGCUGGCAUCGACUGGAGCGCCGACAAGUGCAACCCGUCCGUGAAGAACCAGGGCAACUGCGGGUCGUGCUGGACGUUCUCGUCGGUGGCCGUGGCCGAGCAAGCGCACUGUCUCGCGACGGGCUCGCUCCUCGACCUCUCGGAGCAGCAGCUCGUGAGCUGCGACUCGAGCUCGGGCGAAGGCUGCCAGGGCGGCUGGCCCUGGAAGGCGCUCGACUACAUCUCGGCCAACGGCAUCUGCACCGAAGCCGACUACCCGUACAAGUCGGGGUCGACGGGCCAGAACGGCCAGUGCAAGACGUCGUGCCGUAAGACCAAGCUCAGCAUCGGUGCCACGGUCAACAUCCAGGGCGAGAGCGCGCUCCAGUCGGCGCUCGACAAGCAGACCGUCCAGGUCAUCGUCGAGGCCGGCAACAACGUCUGGAAGAACUACCAGAGCGGCGUCGUCAAGUCGUGCCCUGGCUCGCAGUCGGACCACGCCGUCCUCGCGGUCGGCUACGGCACGCUCAGCGGCGUCAACCACUUCAAGAUCAAGAACUCGUGGGGCACGUCGUGGGGCGCGGGCGGCUACAUCUACUUGCAGCGCGGCGUCGGUGGCAACGGCAUGUGCAACGUCGCCGAGCACCCGUCGUACCCCAAGAUCAGCACGUCGCCGACGCCGACGUCGCAAGACCCGACCGAUAGCCCGUCACCGUCCACCAAGACGCCUGAGCCGACGACCAAGAGCCCGUCCCCUACGACCAAGACCCCCGUGCCGACCACGAAGAAGCCCAACAAGUGCCACGGCUGCACGGGGUGCUACUACCCGGAUGGUGACGAGUGCUACAACGACUAUGACGCCGAGACGUGCCAAGACUUGAGCUGGGACUACGGCACCAUCUGGUGCGGCAACUAG